AUGUCUCCACCGAUCGCGAGAACGCCGACAAGUAGCGCUACGUCGUCGCCUCACAUCACGUUCUCGAUGAGCACACCAACUGGACUGAGCCCGUAUGCACCCAGCGUACCCGUCGCAUACCCCACCCAGUCGCCCAUGGUCCACCCAGGACAGAAGCGCCCAAGAUCAGAAGAUGAAUCGCAAGAAGCGCUCGCAAAGCGCGCCCGCAACGACUCCAUCACAACAUCCCAAGAGCAGCGCUACAACUCCAACAAGCCCGCCAUCGAAGCCUGGUGCAAAGCGCAACAAACCCAUCCCAAAGCACGUUGGUACGAGAAGCUUCACGCUUGGGAAACGAAUGGCUGUCGCGACGUAAGACGCAAGUCAACAGCAACAACAUCACCACCCACUCCCGCCGCCAUCACACAAACCCCCGGAAUGGAUUCGCCCGCAGAGAUUCUGAACAUUAGACGGGAAUGGGGCGACACAAAACCUGACCGACGCACGCAUCCCCUCGACAAAGCUCCAGUCCCUGAAUAUCCCACCGAAGAUUCACUCGCGGCUUGUACAAAGAGGCCAGAUGGUUUGUACAAGUGCCUACAUCCUGAGGGAAGUCACCACAAGUGUUGCCGCGAGGGUCUUACAGAGAAGAACAAGAAACAUGCUAUUGGCAAGCAGAUCCGGGCGUGGAAGACGCGGGUUGAGGAGAUGGUGUUGAAAGGGGAACUGCAUGUGGCGCAUAAGACGUGGGGGGAUUGGAAUAAGAAGAGUAAGGGGGAGUAUGGGGGGAGGUGGAGAGGUGGGAUGGGGUUUUGGGGCUGUUGGGGGGUUUGCAGGGGAGAGGGAAAGGAGGACAGGGAGUUGCGGCGUCGCCAGUUCCUCGUUCUGCAGGGACGCCAGUUCCUCGUUCCGCAGUGGCACCUGCUCAUCAGAAUCCUAGUAAGGCCGCACUUCAAGCAGUCCCGCAGGGACAUGGGCAUCAAGCCUCAGCGGAUGUCCCCGUUGCGACAGGCUCCACCAGCACAUGCGGCAUCACGGCAGUUCCAGCAUCUGUCCCCACAGCAGCGGUCAACUCAACAGCCAGUCAAUACGGGCAGUAUGACUGCAUCCCGAGGUCAGCCGAUACUUCUGGCGCAACCUCAAGCCCAACAUACCUUCCUCAACUCGCCAACACAAUCUCUCACUCCCUUGGCCAUAUCAACAAGUCCCGCCCCAGCAGCAAAGCGUCAAGCCGGCGAACCUGCAUUUGGCUACAAUGGAUUGCCCCCAAAUGGAUCACAUCGACAGCAGGAACUUGCCAGCUUCUCUCCGCAGCGCAGGUCGCAGGAGCAUGCUGCGAUCGCAUCUGCAACAACGCCCUCAUACGCUCACCAUUUGGCGCAAUAUGCAACACCGCCGCCUCGGAUACUGUCGCCAGUCGCCUCUGCACAAUCGGGUCAUCAUAGUAACGAUUUGACUACACCGCACUCCAUGAGUCGAGGGCGAGGGAACCGCCAACAGCAACAGCAAGCUCCGCCGCAGGCUGCGAAUGCUAGACAGCAGCAAGCCACCGUCCAGCUGCCAUCAUCAGGCCCACCGACAAACCAUGCGGCCAAACCACAUCCAGUACCAACCCAGAUGACGACAAGCCCAGACUCAGCGCCAAAGCGCACUUCCGCUUCCACCCUCACACCGAAAAUGUCCUCCACCACCCACACACUCUCGCCGGACAAGUCGUCCACGCUUGCAGCUUCAUCUCCUGCGAAGGCAGAGCCUGCUGUCGACUACCGACCGACAGCGAUGCGCAUGCUGCAACAGCAGAUCAAAGACCAUGAGCCUAUUGUGCUUGGCGGACUGAAGAUCACUAGGGAUGAUGUGAACAGCAAUAUGAGUGGCUGUGUAAGAAGACUGACGACAGCAUUGCGGUUGGACGCUGAGGAAGCUGCGCGGAGGGAGGUUGAAGAAGCUGUAAAGAAGAAAGCUGAGGAGACUGCGCGUGCCAACUCGAAGAAAGCUUCUCAAGGCCAAGCUGAAACUACUGACGAGAUCGCGGCUCUCGCAGUCUCAAACGAAAACGAAGGCCACGAACUAUACUACCUCUUCUCCGACACCCCCAUCUCCGCCUCUCAUAGUCACCCCAUCGAUUUCGGCAACGUGAACGAAUACCUCCUCUCCUCCAGCCCCGACAGUAACGACAGUACCGAAUGGCGCCCCGAGUUCAUACCCGACCUACCACCCAACUUCGGCAAAAUGGACCUUAUUGGAAUGACACGUCGCGCCUUCGCCGAGGAACCCUCACCCUCACAACCAGAAGAGCAACCUGAGCCUGAGAAGGAAGAAGACACACUAGCAGACCUGAGCUACCCAGAAGCCUGGUUAAUAGAAGACGUCGAGGACUUCGUGACCAGUGGUCCGCUUCCUGAGUGGAUGCAACGGCCUACGACGGACUUCACUUUGGGGGAGAUGGGUAAGAUGGAGGGGAUGGAGGGUUGGGAUAAGGAUAUGGUGACGCCGUCGGAUCCGGAGGAGUGGUUGCAGGUGACUAGGGCCUGGCGGGAGGAAAGGGAUGCGGGUGCGCGUUGA